AUGCUAGAGGGUAAAUUCGAAGAAGCCAGCUUGUUCAAAAAGAUCAUUGACUCUUUCAAAGACUGCGUACAAUUGGUCAACUUCAACUGUAACGAACAUGGUAUCGCCGCACAAGCUGUGGACGACUCUAGAGUCUUGUUGGUGUCGCUUUCGAUUGGAACAGAGUCGUUUCAGGAAUUCAGAUGCGACAGAAGUGUCACUCUGGGCGUCGAUUUGUCGUCCUUGUCGAAGAUUCUACGCUGUGGUAACAACAACGAUAAUUUGACUUUGAUUGCAGAUGACACACCAGACUCUGUUCUUCUGCUGUUUGAGGACACCAAGAAAGACCGUAUCAGUGAAUAUUCUCUAAAACUCAUGGAUAUCGAUGCAGACUUUCUUGACAUCGACGGAAUGGAAUACGAUACCACCAUCACAAUGCCAUCCGCUGAGUUUGCCAAGGUGGUGCGUGAUUUGAACCAGCUCAGCGAUUCCCUAAAUAUUUUGGUCACCAAAGACACCGUCAAGUUUGUCGCAGAGGGUGACAUCGGAUCUGGUUCCGUCAUUGUGAAGCCCCACACCGACAUGGAUAAGCCUCAGGAAAGUGUGAAAGUCGAACUCGACAAGCCCGUGGAUUUGACUUUCGGGUCUAAGUAUCUAUUGGACAUCAUUAAGGGUGCUGGUCUUGCGGAGCAAAUCACAAUUAAGUUAUCAUCUGAAACUCCUGCUUUGUUCGAAUUCGGUCUACAAAGCGGGUACCUACAGUUUUUCCUAGCUCCAAAGUUCAACGAAGAAGAGUAA